AUGCUCAAACCGGAGGAGCUAAAAGCGAAUUUCGAGGAGGAAGCGCCCGCGAGCGCGCGAGAGCCGGCGCGAUAUGCGCGCAAUUUCCUCGAGUACUGCUGCUUCCGCGCGCUGGCCGUGGCGACGCAGGUGACGGAGCACCUCAAGGACAAAGACUUCCGGCGGUGGACGUUCGACAUGAUGCUCGCGUGGGAGGCGCCGGGAGCCUCGAAUCAGCCCACGGGACAGAUGGACGUGGAGAGCAGCGUGUGCAUGGACGCGUUCGCCCGCCUCGCCCCAGCCAUCCCGCUGGUGGCGGACAGUGUGACGGUGCACGCGCUCUUUGAGCUGCUCACCGACGAGUGCCAGGGCGGCCGCCUGCCCUUCGCCAUCUACAACAACUACCUCAGCGAGCUUGAAAAGACGGUGAAGACAAUAAAGAACUCCACCACUGGAGCGUUGGCAUCGGCUCUAGGGAUAGUGAGGGGCGAGGAGGCGGUGAUUGAGACGGACGGGCAGGCGACACAGCCGGUGCUGCAGCACAUAGGCGUCAGUGCCUGGCCAGGUCGGUUGACCCUGACGGAUUGCGGCCUAUACUUUGAGCCCAGCGGUGUCGUCUCAUACGACGCAGCAAAGAAGUUUGAUCUGGCAGCGGACCUCCACCAGACAGUGAAGCCCGACCUCACAGGCCCGUGGGGGGCGAAGCUGUUCGACAAGGCCAUCAUGUACAAAUCCCAUGCCAUAUCCGAGCCUGUGGUUCUGGAGUUUCCCGAACUGACCGCACACAUGCGGAGAGACUAUUGGCUGUCCAUCAUCCGCGAAAUCAUAGCCGUCCAUUCCUUUGUCCGGACCUACAAGCUAGAAGGCCCCGCUCGCAGGCAGGCUAUAGCUAAAGCCGUGAGGGGUAUAGCGCGACUUAAAGCCGUGUGGAGCUUACAAAAGGCUCUCCCUACAGCGCCAGAGAGCCUCCUAACUUUCAUUGCUGCGGACGAGCUUCCGGGCGGGGAUAAAAUCUUGCGGGCCAUGGCGGGCGUGCUUAAGGCGGACUCGGGCAGCCCGAAAAAAGAACGGGAGCAGCUGGAGAAGCUAGGGGAGUUGGCUGCUGCAGCUGUGAGAAAUGCCGGGUUUGGGAGUGGAGGGGGAGGGGGAGGAGGUGGGGGUGGAGGGGGGGGAGGCGGAGGGAGAGGUGGAGGGGGCGGGGGAGAGGAGGAGGGUGGGGGAGCCGGAGGAGUAGGUGGUGGGGGGGGAGGGGGGGGAGGAGCAGGAACAGCAGGAGAAGUAGGAGGAGUAGCAGCAGCAGGAGGAGCAGCAGCAGGGGUAGUAUCGAGCAGAUGGCAGCAAGGGGGCAGUGCAGCAGCAGCAGCAGUAGCCGCAUUUCUCCCCGGCACAGCAGGGCUAAUGGGCGGAGGAGGAGCAGGCGCACUGGGAGUGGGUUCAUGCCCGUCUAUGCCUGUAGGGGAUGUGCUUGUAGGGGAGAUGACGGCUCUUGAACGGGCGGUUAAGAACUCGAGAGACAAGUCGAGUAAAGUGGCCAAGGCGAAGAGAUCGGUGGAAGAAGUGAAGGUGGAGGGCAUUGGGACGAACGUGGCUCUCAUGAAGGAGCUACUAGUGCCAGCCAUGCUGCUAGGGCAGUGGUUCCAGUCGUUAGCCUCAUGGGAGGAGCCUAUCAAGACCAUGGUCUUUCUAGCCUUUGCACUCUACAUCAUCUACAAGGACUGGCUCGGGUACGUCAUCCCGUUCCUCCUCCUGACCAACGCGGUCAUCAUGAUGUGGCUCCGCUUCGUGCAACAGUCCGACAGACGCCGCCCGCCGAACCGGAGAAACGAGGUGGUGGUGAUCACGCCGCCCAAUCAGAGCGCCGUGGAGCAGCUGGUCGUGCUUCAGGCUGCUCUAGCUCAGGUGGAGGCGGCCAUCCAAGCCCUCAACAUCGCACUCCUCAAAGCACGAGCGCUAGCCCUCUCCGAGCUCCCAACAGCCACAGACGAGCUAAUAGCCGUCCACAUAGUCCUCGCCAUCCUUCUCGCCAUUCUCCCGGUGCGGGUCGUGGUGCUGCUGGUGCUAGGCGACGUGUUCACACGAGAAAUGGAUUCAGGAAGUGGAUCUGACGAAGCCGAGGUUGGCGUAGAACCGUCGGAUGUAGGAGGUGAUGAACUGCGAUCCUCGGCUGCGGAUUUCGAGGCGAGUCAAAACGGCGCUGCUGGGAGUCGUUCGUCGGGAGGAGGCGCGAAGGCGGAAGGAGGAGAGUCUGCGCGGGGAAGGGAGUCAGAGCGGGGAGGCGCAAAGGCGGGGGAGGGAGAGCAGGCGGGGGAGAAGCACUUCGCGGGGGAAGGGGAGGCGGAACGGGGAGGGGAGAACGAGCCGGGGGAGCAGGGUGGAUUUAAAGACGCGCUCAGCGACUUGGCGGCGGGGACUGGCGGAGAAGCGGCAGCGGGUGAAGAGGCGGAAGAGGUGUUCGAGGAUGCGCUGACAGAAGAGGAGCUGCGCAAGAAAGCUCUGGCAGAAGCAGAGGCGAUUAAAGCGAGGGGGAACGAGGAGUACAAGCGCGGUGACUAUAACGCAGCGCUGGAGAGCUACAGCAACGCACUGGCAGCAGCGCCUGGGGCGGAACAUGCAGAGGCGAAGGAGGCCCGGGCCAUCUACCAUGCCAACAGAGCCAUGUGCCACCUGCAGCUGAAUGAGUAUGAUGCAUGUGUGACAGAGAGCACAGCAGCCAUGGAUUUGAAGCCGGAUUAUGUGAAGGCGAUCAUGCGACGGGCCCAGGCAUGGGAGAAGCUGGACAAGCUUGAAGAGGCGCUGGGAGAUUAUAAGAAAGUGUUGGAAGUGGACAAAACCAACGCACAAGCCAGAUCAUCUGUCAGGCGACUGGAGCCCAUUGUUGAAGAGAGGAGGGAAAAGCUCAAAGAGGAAAUGUUGGGAGCUACAGGAGAAUUUACCAAGAACCUUCUUCUUAAGGACAAGAAGGGUCGGCUCAUUCUCAUCUCAGCUCUCACAAAGACCAAAAUCGACCUCAAGCUGCUGUCGCAGAGGCUGGGACUGGGCAAGGGAGGAUUGCGCAUGGCACCAGACGAGAACCUCACCACCGUGCUGCAGGUGCCUGCUGGCUGCGUCACCCCUCUGGCCCUUUUCAACGACUCUGCCAAAGACGUUGUGUUGUUGCUGGAUCAAGGUUUCACCUCCCAACUGCACCUGCUCUUCCACCCUCUCUCCAACGAUGCCACUGUUGCGUUGACUCGAGAGGCGUUUGAGUCCUUCCUUGGCUCUGUUGGUCGCUCUGAGCCGGCUUAUGUGGACCUUGAGGCCAACGUGGUGGUGGGCAAGGAUCAACCGCCCGACCUCGCUGCCCUUCUCCCCGCUGCCACCACUGCUGCUGCAGCUUCAGAUUCCGCCUCUGCACUUACGAAUGCUGGUACCAGCACUACCAGCGGUGCCAGUGCCAGCUCUAAUGCUGCUGGCAGCAAUGCGCCCAAGGCCGGUGCUGCUGCAGCAGGGAAGGGCAAGUCAGGUUCUCAGAAGAAGACAGCGGCUGCCGUACCAAAGGGGCCACCGGGCGAUGACGUGGCAACUUGCACGACACGGAUCUUGGACAUGCUGACAGAGCACAUGAAGAAAUGUAGUGGUGAUUCUGCGACUGCGGAUCAAUCUUCUAGUGCCAGCAAAGCCAAUGAGGAGCUUGCUUUGAAUCUUCAGCACACCCUGGUACGGAUUAUAUUCGACGACACUUUCCAUUUCAUGCCUUUAUGCUAG